AUGGCAGUGGAUAAGCCAGAAACAACCCAGGGAUCAAUCGAGAUGGAAGUUUCCCCUGCAACAACUUCCCCUGAUCCUCCGCCAGUGCCCCAGCACGACGAAGAACGCAACCCUCUACCAACCGAUUCUAUGGUAACUGUGCCACUUUCAGACAUACAGAGGGGCUCUGGGGUAUCGGGAGAAGGGCCCAUGUUGUCAGAUGCUGUAUACUGUCCAGAAACCGCCGUUCCUGUUGGCCUUGGGCUAGACAGUCCAGAUGAAACGCAGCAUGACGGAGAAGAGGAUGUCGAAGAGCUCGAAACCGCUUCAGAACUACAGGCCGAAGAGACACCCUCUAGGGCUCCGUCAAUCGCAUCUAGCAAGGCUGAAAGCAUCGGUGGGAGCAGUAAAUCCGACAUGGAUGAUGGUCGAAGUGUUGACUGGGCCGGCUUGGAGGAGACCGAAGUCAACCAGUCAAAGGCAUCGGGAGACGAUGUGUCGACAACAUUGCUCCUAGCUCGACUAGAACAGGAAAACAACGCUCUAGCAACAGACCCAAAGUCUGCUUCGGCAAAAAAGGCAUCCGUCCGCAAUUCAAGGCCUCCAUCCAUCCAAAAACUCAAAGAUCUCGUUAAUGACCCUCGGUCUUCGCUCCGGUAUUCCCAACUGCCUGCUCCCCAGAUGACCGAGCUUGAGUUCUGGGCUGCUCUUGUUGCCGACUAUCCUCGUACCGCCCAGCGGCUUCCCACUCUUACUUCCCAUAAAAUCCGAGGGGGUGUCCCGCCUCCGCUUAGAGGGGUUGUGUGGCCGAGCAUUGCUGGAGCUCGAGAUUCUCACCUCCACGACGAGUACGAAAAGCUGUGUGGUGAGACAAGUCCCUACGAGGGCCUUAUCGGCAAGGAUAUUGGACGAAGCUUCCCCAACGUAGAGAUGUUUCGAGAUCCGCUUGGGGAAGGCCAGCAGAUGUUAGGAAGGGUCCUCAAGUGCUUCAGUCUUUAUGAUAGCAAGAUCGGGUAUUGCCAGGGCUUAGGCUUCGUUGUUGGCCCCCUGCUAAUGCAUAUGAGUGAAGCCGAGGCCUUUUGUGUCCUUGUUAGACUGAUGGACCAUUAUGACUUGCGAUCUUGUUUCCUGCCGACUUUAUCUGGCCUCCACCUCCGUAUCUACCAAUUCCAGUCAUUGCUCUCACAUCACGCCCCAGAGCUAUACGCUCACCUUGAUUCACUCAAAAUUGAACCAGUCUAUGUAUCACAAUGGUUCUUGUCAUUCUUUGCUGUUACCUGUCCUCUUCCCAUGCUUCUGCGUAUAUAUGAUGUUCUUUUGCUUGAAGGAGCCUGCGAGACCUUGAUGCGUGUUGCCUUGUCCCUUAUGCAGCGGAAUCAGUACAGAAUUAUGGCCUGCACGGAAUUCGAAGACGCCAUGCAACUGUUGCUAUCAAGAAGUCUAUGGGAUCCGUAUGCCUGCAAUGCUGAUGAUCUUGUUACGGACUUUGUGUCACUCACCUCCCUGGUCACUCACGAAAGCUUGCACGCUCUCGAGGUGAAAUACCAGGAAGCCCAAGGCACUGCACAAAGUGUGUCACUUCCUCAGCUUCAAGCUAUUGCUUCCCGAUUCCUAGGUAGACUCUGGGCUGGCUCGAGUUCUCACAGCUCUGUCAAAUCUGUUGCUCAAAGCCCUGGUAUUCCGACUCCAGGGUCAAGCCCUUGCAUGGGUGUUACUCGAACGCCAUCGAAACAGAGCAUGGCUUCAACUCUCAACUCUUUAGAGUCAUCCACGUCGGAAGCCAGUACAGCACCGACCGAGGCAUCGACCUUAUCGAGUUCGAACAUUGACAAUGCGACGCCGAAACCAAAGCCACAUCGUUUACAAACCAGCGACAAGGAUCUGCACUCCCAAAUAGAGGACCUUCUUCUUGCUCUUUCCGAUAUGCAGCGAGAGCAGGCCGCUCUGGCUAAGCAAUUGCAACAAGAACGAGAGGAGCGUGAGGAGGAUCAGGUGGUAGCUGCCCAGUUGCUAUCCCAUAUGAAAGAGACUCCAGCUGAGCAACCUGAUCCCAAACUCAUCCUCAAAGCAGAAGAAAGGUUUGCGUCAACGGAGCCACGACGCAUGUCGAUGCUGCAAACCAAACGGCAGCUGCUGGAUGAUGUUGAAAUGUGGAAGAGCAAAUACGAGCUCGAGGCCACUAGAUGUCACGGCAUGGGUCGAACCAUUGACGAGCACGAACAAAAGAACGCCCAGCUAAAGGAACAGCUCAAGGAGGCUCGAAGCAGAGUUCAGGACGCACAUAAAGAAAAGCAGCGCCUUGAACGAACGCUACAAGAGCUUAGAGCAAAGAAACCGCCCCUUUCAAAGCUGCAAACUGAUCGUCCUGAAUCGGUCGGGUCGGGGGAUGACGGGUCUGCAAACGGCCUGCGGGAAUUCAAGCUUGGAAAGGCCAGCUCCCCUAAAACCCCAACAUUCUCAAAACGAACAAGCAGCCUGGGAGUUCCCAAAUCCCUUGUUGGCGACGAGGAAGGCCUGCUUAUUGAGCUUGUUAACGCGAAAACUUCAGAGGCGGUCGCACGACAGGAGCUAGAAGAAAUGAAAGUCAAAUUGGACACUCUCAAACGACUGAUGAGUCGCUCUACGAAUGCAACUUCGCCCGCCUCCACUGCCGGUGACUCCAGCCCCAGCAUACUCGUCACUGCAUCUAAACCAAGCCCAGACACAACCGCCCCGCCCAAGUCCCAAAACUCAUCGCCUGUCGGUUUCUUCACUGGAUGGACUAGACGGACGGCAUCUACCACCAGCGCUGUCAUACCGGAAUCGAAGUGA